ACGUUCCAAGGUACGAGACAUGCGGCUUCCAGGCUUGGACAAGUAUUCAGGGAGGCAACUGUUUUUCAUCUCUAACGCACUGAUGUGGUGCGAGAAUACGAGAAAGCAGUUUUUGGCACAACGGAUACAGUACGAACCUCACUGCCCCAACAAAUACAGAGUGAACGUACCCUUGAGGAACUUCCCAGCCUUCUCAAGAGCCUUCAAAUGCGGAAGUAACUCCGCGAUGCAUAGAGGAAAGAAGUGUGUCCUGUGGUAGACAUGAAUGUGUCGUACAUAUGAAAAAGAAAUAUCACAAAAUGGCGCAGCAUACC